UCAGACUUUGUUGGUGCUGCUGUACUUUCGUUUCCAAAGUUAUUUUGAAAGAACAUACGAGCUUUAUUUUAUUUAGAUCAACAAUUUUUGUUGUUAGAAUAUGUCUUUUUUAUCAUAAUUUUAUAAAUAUGGAAUUUGAGGAUGCCGAUUGCAUCUUGAAGACAACCCUUGUAACAGUUAAAGAUUAUAUUAAAGUCUCAGAACUUAUUCACUACAUAAAAUUUACUGAGCAAACAGCCCAAGAAAUUAAAGCCAAAAUAACUAAUAAUGGCGAAGCAUAUUCUGCUAGCUAUUUCUUCGACGCUGUCAAGAAAAAUCCAUCAACAUUCUUUCCUGCACUUGUAGCAGCUACAAAAAAAUGUCAGCCUGAUGUUUUCAAUAUACUGGAUGAGGAAGUGAGAAACCACUUAAGGAAUCGUCAAACAGAGUUGAAGAAAGUGCUGAAUGCUAUUGCAGAAAAAUAUGAAGAGUUUGUGAGAAGGCCACGUUCAGGUUGUGGUGGUGGUGAUGUCCUUAACCUUGAAGGUAAUACUGCACAGACAGAUGAAGGGAAUACAAGUAGGAAGGGGAUUCUAGGAGCAGGGGAAGAAUUAGAUUUGGCCCAGUCAAUCAACGAGCGUUCAGGGAGCAACAUAGCACAACCACAAUCUCUGCAACGGGAGUCUAGCCGCCUGUCCUCGGCGUCUUCAUGCAGUGACAACAAGGAAUCUCUUGGUUCAAUGGUUUCCUCCAGUAGUGACAACAGGCUCUCCUUUGAUAACAGAGAUGAAGAUUCCCCAUUAUCAAGCAUCCAAUGGAAUAGGUACAAAAGACUUGGAUCAUGCUUUGAACAGCCUGCUGCCAAUACCGAAGAGCUCUGGUGGGCAUACAUGACAGGUCAAUGUGACAUUGACAUGACAAGGGCUGAGGAAAAAACAAUAGAAGUCAGUAAAAAGCAGGGAAUAGGCUUUCUUGAUCAUCUUGACAGAAAAGGUUGCAGCAUUGGUCAACUUAUCUCCUACAUGCGACAAUGUGGGUUUCAAGCAGGCCUUGAUGAAUUAGGAUGUUCACCAACCAAUCAAGGACAAGAUCUAAAUCAGAGUGCUGGAAACACAGAGGACAGGAGAACUUUUAAGCAACACCUUGAAAAUAAUUUUAACAGAGCUGAACAGUUAUCAAAGAAAGAUGGUUCAAAACAGUUCAACAUUCCCCAGAAUUUGACAACAGAGGAAAACGAGGAACAGCUGGACAGACCUCCAGACAAAACUCCAAAGACACCUGUCGAAAGUUAUGACCCUGUGACUUCUCCUCUACAACCUCCUUCUGACACAAUGGAUUCAGUUGAUGAUGGAUCAUUGAAAAUGAUUGACCCAGUCACUCUCAAAAGCCUUCCAAAUACACAAGACCCUGCAGUGAAAAAUCCUGUAAACCAGUCCAGCAAUGAAGAUAUUAGGGCAUCAAGGGAGGCAACUCUUAGCAACUCAUCAUCAUUAGAAGAAAAUGCUACUCUGAGAAACUCAAGGGAAACAACUCCAAUCCAAGUUGCAGAUGACCAUGACAACAAAAGGUCAAUAUUGAGUCCGGGAGUGGAAGCAAAAGAAAUUGCAUAUGACAGAGUUCACCAGUUAGAUGCUCAACCGGUUGCAUCUGCUGAAACAGGUAAUGUGGAUGUAAAAGAGAAACCUAUGGAGGCACGUAGAGAGUUAGCUAACAGCGUAAGUGGUACUGAAGACGUUAGAACUAGACAUGGGCCUGUCGAACCUGGCACUUUAUUGCGUAGUUUGGAAAGUAAUAUUUCUCAAGAUCCAUGUUUAUGAAAUAUGAAGAAAUUAUGAAAUGUUUUCAGUUUUAUGAGUAUGUUUUACAAUAGACUGUUGAUUUGAUUGGAUAAAAUUCUUUUAUCCAUUGUCGUAUUUCAGCAGCCCUGAUGUAUAUGUAAUGUAAAAGAACAUGUUUUAUGUUAUUUACUCAAAUAUUCAAUUUUUGUUGUAUGUUUAAUUAACUUUUGUGUGACUAGCAUGAUCUUAUAUUGGUAAUGGAUUGAUUAUAGUCCUGUAAAUGGCACACAUUCUUUUUUCAGUUUUGAACAUAUACAUGUUCAUGCCAUCAACUCAUUUCUUUUAUGCAUUUAUGAGUAUGAUUAUAAGCUGUAGAUAUGCUUUCGUCUUAUUAUCAUUUAUGUUGAGCUAUGCAAUGUUAUGUUAAUACUGUUAACAGAUUGUUUAUGCAUUACUUCUGUUAUUGAUAACUUACAUAAUCAAUUGUAUAAUAUGUUAAAUACUAAUUUGGCAUUAUCAAAGCUCAAUCAUAGUAAGCUGAAAUUUCAUGAAUGUUACAUUUUGCAAAUGCAUAGUUUUACUUAUAUUAAGGUGAUAUUGGUUAUGAACAUUCCACAACAACAUAGUAUUCAUUUUGGGUAGAUUCUGUUUAAUAAUUUAUGCAAAUAUUUCAUUAUGUGUGGCCUCUAUCAAUGCUUUGUCAUUUCCCUGCUCCAUGGUUGGGAUUAUGACAAAUUUCCCUGUUCUGAGGGUGGCAAUUUCCCUGCUCCAUGGUUGGGAUUAUGGCAAAUUUCCCUGUUCUGAGGGUGGCAAUUUCCCUGCUCCAUGGUUGGGAUUAUGACAAAUUUUCCUGUUCUGAGGGUGGCAAUUUCCCUGCUCCAUGGUUGGGAUUAUGACAAAUUUCCCUGUUCUGAGGGUGGCAAUUUCCCUGCUCCAUGGUUGGGAUUAUGACAAAUUUCCCUGUUCUGAGGGUGGCAAUUUCCCUGCUCCAUGGUUGGGAUUAUGACAAAUUUUCCUGUUCUGAGGGUGGCAAUUUCCCUGCUCCAUGGUUGGGAUUAUGACAGGACAACUUGUUUUUCUUAAUUCCCUUGGUGUGCCUCCUUUAAGUUGGCCAAAUAUUAAGUUUAAUUUUGUUUUAUACUACUAUCCUUGAUCUAUAAAAAAUGUAUUUAUUUUCAGAAAUUAAGAACAAUUUAUGCAUAUAUGUGCCACACAUUAUAUCAUUUACCACAUUUUAUAUCUAUAAUUUAAUAAAUAAAACACAACUUAUA